GCUGACGCGCGCGUGCGCCCUUGCGUUUCUCCCCCUAACUCAAGUUUGACCUACAGCCACCGGGAGAAGAUGGCCGUCCCAGCAGUGUCCGGGCUGUCCCGGCAGGUGCGAUGCUUUAGUAUGACUGUCGUCAGGCCGUUUUCCAAGCUCGUGCGGCCACCUGUUCAGGUAUAUGGUAUCGAAGGUCGCUAUGCCACUGCUCUUUAUUCUGCUGCAUCUAAACAGAAUAAACUGGAACAAGUAGAGAAAGAAUUGUUGAGAGUAUCACAAAUCUUGAAGGAACCCAAAAUGGCUGCUUCCAUUAUGAAUCCCUAUAUAAAGCGUUCCGUGAAAAUGAAAAACCUAAAUGACGUGAGCACAAAAGAGAGGUUCUCUCCUAUCACAUCCAACCUGAUCAAUUUGCUUGCUGAGAAUGGUCGCUUGAACAAUACCCCUGGAGUCAUUUCUGCCUUUUCGACCAUGAUGAGCGUCCACCGUGGAGAAGUACCGUGCACAGUGACCACUGCAUCUGUAAGUGACACCCUGUUGCCACUAGAUUUGCUUUGACAUGCCAUGCAUCAC